GAAGCGAGACGCGUCCAAUCACUGAUGCGUGCGUUCGAGUGAAAAAAGCAAAGCAGUUCCGCAUCGUAUGGUGAAACUUGUGAAGUGACUUUUCUAUAGUUGAGUUUCAUCAUCUCAUCCGUUCUCACCGCACAGUUGCAGGAGAGUGGACGGUAGUCGAUGUGUUGAAAAGUAUGGCUACUAACAAUUAUUUCGGAUUUCCGCACGGUGCAACGCAAUACGGUACCACGGCCACCGGAACAGCUUACCCGACAACGCAAACCGGUUAUGCAGUAGCGACAGCGGCCGCACCGUCAGCAGCAGCAUCUUACGGAACAGCAGCGGCCGCGACAGCGCGCCCCGCCGGAUACGACCAGGCCUACCAAACAGCGGCUACUCCCGGAACUUACGCGACGACUGCAACAGCGGCAACUUACGACUACGGCUACGGCCGUACCACACAGACCUACGACACUAGUAAGACAUACUACCAGCAAGCGGGAGCUGCGGCCGGUUACACUGCGGCCCCGACCGGAUACGACACCACCGGAGCCGGUACCGCCAAGGUAAUCAACUUCCAGCCAGCUACCCAGGCCACGUACACAGCUCAACCGACAAGAGCCACAAUUCAGACGGCCAAGCCUGCUACCCAGUACGGUGGACAAGCGCAGGCCUACGUACCGCAAACCAGCGGCUACUCUCAAACCGUGACCACCGUAAACAGUGCACCUAAAGCGGCUGCAGCGGCACAACCCGUUGCUCAGAACACCAACACCUACUCGGGCUACGAAUCGGCUCUAUACAGCGCUGCCACCAUGUAUGUCGCUCAGCAGCAAAAUAACAAAACCAACAACGCUGUUGGAGGUCAACAGGGUCAGGGCGGCGGUUGGCAAGGUUACAAAAAGGUUCCUAUGGGAAUGCACCCAUUCAACAGACCUCGUGCGAAGGCUCCACCGAAGCCACAGCCCAUUCACUAUUGUGACGUAUGCAAAAUUAGCUGUGCAGGGCCACAGACCUAUCGUGAACAUCUUGAGGGUCAAAAGCACAAGAAGCGUGAACUGCUCCUGAAGCAAGCUACGGAGCCAGGAACUGCGACUCCAGUUAGACCACCGAACAGCUUGCAUUGUGAGCUAUGUGAUGUAACGUGCACAGGAAAUGAUGCAUACGCGGCUCAUGUACGCGGUGCCAAACAUCAAAAAGUGGUUAAAUUGCAUACUAAGCUCGGAAAACCGAUCCCAGCGUGUGACCCUGCACCAAAUACCGACGAGAAGAAGGAUGGUGAAUCUGAUGAACACGACGAAUCGGUUAAACCCGUGGGCAGUGAAUACAUUGAGGAGAUCAUGGACGAUGAGGGCAAACUUGUUAGUUUCAACUGUAAGCUGUGUGAGUGCAAGUUCAACGAUCCGAACGCAAAAGAAAUGCACAUGAAGGGUCGUCGUCAUCGUUUGCAGUAUAAGAAAAAGGUUCAACCAGAUCUGUUCGUAGAUGUUAAGCCUACUCUUAAGCAGAAGAAAAUGGCCGAAGCUCGAGCUCACCGUCAGGCUUUGCAAGAAGAAUACUGGAAUCGUCGUCGAAUGGCUGAAGCCGAGCUAGACGAUGGCGAACACGGAAUGCGUCAGUUCGGGCGACAUCCGUUCUUCGGCAUGCUACCCGGACGUCGUCCGGAAUCUUCGGACGAUCGUCAUGUUGUUGCUCGUCAUGCCGAAAUUUAUCCCAAGGAGGAAGAACUUCAAACCAUUCAACGCAUUGUUUCACACACGGAGCGUGCGCUGAAGCUUGUGUCGGAUGCUAUGACCGGUGGAGGCAAGGAGGAAAAGAAGGAAUCCGAGCCGGAAAAGAAGGAUGGCAAGGAGGAACAGAACAAGCCGGAUGCAAACCAGAUGAUAUCCUUCCACAAAGAAACGGAAGGCGGCAGCGUCCGUUUGCUGAAGGGUGUUAUGCGCGUUGGAUUACUUGCAAAAGGGCUGCUCUUACACGGUGACAAUACCGUUCAUUUGGUCGUACUAUGCGCGGAGAAACCGACGACUUCACUCUUGAAGCGCGUAGUUACUGAGUUACCGAUUCAACUGAAGAAAGUUACCGAGGAGCACAAGUACACAGUCACAAUGGCUCCGGUUGAGGGUGCCGUCAUGGUAACGGAUGCAACAAUAACGGUAAAAAUCUCGCUCACUUCGCCACUGCUGCGUGAAGAAGCUAACAGUACCGCUACGGCCCCCGAGCAGGUCGCCCCGAGCUCGGAAGAUUUACUGCCACGGGAGCCUUGUCUCCAGGCGCUCGCUGCACUGAGACACGCGAAGUGGUUCCAGGCUAGAGCAACUGGACUGCAAUCUUGUGUGAUGAUUAUGAGAAUCAUGCGUGACCUUUGCCAGAGAAUUCCGAUCUGGGGACACAUUUCUCAAUGGGCUAUGGAACUGCUGAUCGAGAAGAUUAUCUCCUCGGCCGGCUGUCCGCUAACUCCUGGAGAAUGCAUGCGUCGCGUCAUGGAAGCGAUCGCUUCGUCCGUACUGGUCAAUGGUCCCGGUAUCCUGGAUCCAUGUGAAAAGGAACACGAAGAUGCUUUGGCAGGAUUGAGCAAACAACAGCGCGAGGAUAUUACCGUAUCCGCUCAGAUGUUCCUUCGGUUUAUUGCUUUUCGGCAGAUCCAUAAGGUGCUCGGAAUGGAGCCUCUUCCACCGCCAAAGUUCGUCGGAAAUCGCAAUUGGCGUUUCAACCGCAAGCGCAGGCGCUCCGGAACCGAGGGAGCUGACAGUGAAGCCGAUGGGAAAAUGGUCAAAAAGGAGGAAAACAAGGGCGAUGGAGGCACCAAUAACGCCGUCAUAGACAUGGAAACCGAAAGCGGAAAGUAGAUGUUUAGAUUUCUCGUUGAUAAGGUAGGUACUUGCUCUGCUAAAAUUUUAACAUACACGUAACAUAAAAUGAGAAAAGAAGUUUAAAAAAUUAUAGAUUAUGGAUUCAAAACAAUUACAAUUAAUCCAUCACGAUAAUAUGUAUUAAAUUACACGAGGAAAUCAGAUUUGAAACAUUAUAACACGGUGUCUUUAAGCGAUAUUAAUCAAUAUGUUGACCUCUUAAUUGAAAUGCAAUAUUCGAGCGAUAGGAGAAAUAACAACCACAAAAUUAUAUCUUCACCUCUCUACCGACAGUCAUCCGUAACCGCGUAUAGCAAUGAAAAUGGGCUAAAUCAUUGAAUGUCAAUUUAUAAUUCUCCGGCGUUUUUUCUCUACCUAAUUGCAACAUCUCCUUUAGUCCGGAACCUUUAGAAAUGAAAACUAAGACUAACUUUAGACUAUCAAAAUUUUUGAUCAGCGAAAACACAGCAACUGUAUGAAUGUAUUUUAUUCUAACUUAAAAUUCAUCUAACCGAAAUUAACAACUAAAAUUUGAAAUCAAGCAAGAAAAUCCUCUUAUAAACGGUAUAUGAACAAAAAAAUACUUACGUAAACACAUACUAAGGUGUUUACUGUCAAGCGUAUGAAGGGCAACAUGUGUAUCGAAAACUAUCCUACAGUAGGUACGUAUGGAAAGAACUAGCGAGCGUCUACUAACACAGUUUUCCAAACUGAGAAGAUGUAUUAGAAGAGAGUAUCAAGUACAGAUAGAAUUAUCCAAUCCACACACACACACACUUGUACUACAUGCAAAUUUUACAAAAUCUGUGGUUGAGCUGAAAAGGCCAAUCCAACAUAGAAACGUUAGGUAUUCCAACAAUUGAAAUGAAAGCAUAAACAUUUUACAACCAUCAAAUUGUUGAUAGGUAAAACGUCGUUCGACGAAUCCAUGCACUAGUGAGUAUGAAAUAAACAAAUUUGAAGUAUUUUCUUCGGACAAA